GGAUACUUUUUGAAAUCUUGUGACUUUGUUAUAUUCUUGACCUUAGACUUUUUUAAAGUAUCGUUGAAAUAACUUGGAUUAAUCUUGAGUAUUUUUUGGUCUUUAUUAUUACUUAAGUCAUUUUUAUGUAUCGUGAAUUUGCACGUUACCCGCUGUGCGUUUUGUCAGGAGAAAUUUUACUACGUGGAAGGUAGCACGAUGUGUCAUGUUAUCGACAAUAGCUUCAUAAUCUAAUUAGGAUCCUACACUUUGUUUAACACCUUUUAAGUAUAAGCCUUGUACUACGCGGUGCAAGGUCUCCCUAUAGGAUAAAUAUUCCUGAAAGGUAUAUCAAGAUCAUUGGAGAUCUAUCCGGAAAGAUUGAUCAUACUCACUGAUUAACAUUCGAACGUCCCGGUCGGCAGAGCCUGAUCUAACAUAAGAAAGCUGGUAUUCGCAUCCUCUGAAUAUCCACGUAGUGCGAAUCUAGACAAUUCAUUCAGUUUACCAGGACGGUUAACGCCUCCUUUGGAGCGUCAUUGAACGAUUAGCAAGAUCCCCUUUGACGUCACUGGCUCGUAUAAAUGCUUGGUGAGAUCUCUUUUGAGGCAUACUCAUCGAUCAGCGUUACAAGGAUCUCUAAAUCCAACGCCGAGACACUUGCUUCUAUCAUAUACAACUGUCAAAUUGAACAGAUACAAAUUUCUCGACUGAAAGAAGAAAAAUGGCUUCUACCGGAAACAUCAGACUGGUUCUCGUCCUUGCAAUUAUAUUCAUGGCUUCCGCUGUGGCUCUGCCUGUUGAGAGGAAAACAAUGCAAGAACGUCCGGUUAUCCUGGUAGAUUUGCCUACCCUAUACCUUGACGCGGAUGAUCAGGCUCACGUUAUCGAGAAACGUAGUGCACCUCUUGCGAACGACCAAGAUGCAUUUGCUGGUGACGAUCUGGAAACUGCUGCUGGAACCAACGUCCUUCGACCUCUCUUCGUUUAUCGUCAACAAGUUGCUUAUCGUCAACGUAUCAGGCAAGGUGGACGUCGUGGCAACCGUUUCUAAGGGCUAAUCCCGACGAAAUAAAAAUCGUUGGUCGAUAAUGAACCUCGAGGCCGAAGACUGAUAACCCCCCGUCGCUGGCGUCGGACCGCUCUCUUGCCACGAGUCGACGACGCCAUACCUGGACUUGGGACGCUGCAUUUGAUCGGUGGAGAAAUAUCUAUCUUGACUAGACUAGAGCUAGUUCGGAAUAGCUUGUUAUACUCCGAUGUUAUAACUGCUGCAGUAUUCUUGAUCUGGAUGAUUGACGACCCCGACGGCGACGGUGGAAGAUCUCCUGCGAUGACCUCCAUCCGUUGGUGGUCGUUUAUAUUCUUAGAUUCUUAUAGAUUUAAGGCACACAAGCUACCCACCAAAGUACGUUACUAUGAAUUACCUGAUGCCAUUGGAAGGUAUCGUUUAGCUAUUUCUAUGAGAUUUCGCAUUUCACUUCAAUAUGUAUAUACCUGUAGAUACUUCUUAAGAAAUAUUGUUAGCACAUUCAUUUACUUGUGAUAAUAAAGCAAACCUGUAAGAUGAAAAGCAAA